AUGUCUAGAUAUUUGAUUUUGCUAUUCCCAAUAAUUUCCACUUUUUCAAUCAAUUUUAGCAAUGAAACCUGUUCGAAUUCGGAUUCUUUAAUUCUGAAAACAUGUGACAAGGUAAUAUUUUUGAAAUUCUCAAUUUUUAUCUCAAAUUCUUCAGAAAUUAAUGGGAUUUGCUCGAAUAAUGGAACAAGUCGAAUUUGCUGGCAAUUUGAAUGAAGAAACUGAAAAUUGUUAUAAUUUGAAAUAUUGUUAUACAGAAACAAAUUGCUAUCGAAAUAAGGGAAAACUUGUGUCGAAUAUUGUGAAAAAUUAUUGCGAUUUGUUGAUUUUCAAUAAUGUUGCAUUCAAGGAUUGCACUAUUGCGGUGAGUUUUUGGGUUUUUUGCUCAUGAGAUAAAAGUUAUGACGUGGCAAAUUCAAAAUAGACCUAUUUUUUGUCCAUUCAUAUCUCGAAAAUGCGCUCUCAAAUUAAUUCUCGUAUGCAUCCUUAGCGCUGGCGGGUAGGUGAUAGUCUAUUAAUCCAUGAGGGUGGUCGUUUUGGUGGGUUCGAACCCCACCGCGAACUAUUUUUUUUAAAUCAAGUGUGUUCAAUUUUAUAGCGAAAAGUUUAAAUUUUUCAGAAAAUAGCUGAAAAAGCUUUCACCUCUAAAGAAAUUUUCAAACAAACCAGAAUUUUGCGCACAUUUUUAAAGCUUUCAAAUUUUGAAGAAAAUGUAUCUUAAAUUUUUUUUUAUUUAGAAAACUUGAGAACUUUUCUAUACAUUUAUAGAAAAAUUUAGAAAUAUCCUAAAAAAAGAUAGAACAUUUUUCCAGCCGUGACCUUUUUCGAAAGAAUGUUAUCAUUUUCAAUUUUCCCCCGAACACUGACAAUUCAGAGAAAUGAUAAGAAACCCAAAUAUUUUUCAGUUAUUGUACAAUACGGUGAUUCGAAAAGGUUGUGCCAAAACUCGAAAAAAUAUCCAAGUUCCAUACACACUGAAAACAACAAAUGAUGAAAAAUGCGAAGCAAUUCUGGACAAAAAACAUUGUGCGCGAGAAAUGAUAAUCGAUAAUUGUGGAGAAUUGAAAUGGGAUCAAUUUUUGGAAAAAUACACAGAUUUUGUGUGGCAAAUUAAUGGAUGUGAUUUGGAAAUGUAUUAUUCUUAG